AUGCGUGUUCAAGAACCAUCUUCUCCUUCUUCACCCGAACUAACUAACUCCGAACCUCUCAACUCCGAACCUGUUAACUCCGAACCUCUCAACUCCGAACCUCAACCACCACCCGAACCUGCUUCCGAGUCUCGCAAAAGAGCAAUGCAAGAACACUACUCUUCUGAUUCUACGCCGCCACCGCCGCCGCCGCCGCCGAUCACCGAGGAAUUCACAGACGCUUUCGUCGAGGAUAUGCUCAAGUAUCACCCGAUGCCGUUGGAAGAACUCAACCGUCAAAGUCCUUCUCGCUCCACUCUUCCAUCGCCACCGCCAAUCAGCGACGAUUUAUACAUGUUUUUUCCGGCGAGAAUUUUCGAUGAACCGGAACCGCUGAACACGAUCUAUCCUCCACUUGCGAGCAAUAUUGAUGAUCCUAUCGAUACCGAUGAAGCUAUUGAUGCAUAUUACGUUGACCGUUUCGAUUCUCCUGAAUUGAAUCUUCGUCGCCGUAAAGUUUCCGCCGUCGUCUCCCCUUCCAAUGGUUACGUUUCCGUUGAUCAUGACGAUAAUACUGACGUUCUAAUUCCGACACCUCGAUCAAGAUCUGUGGGAGCUGGAAUUGAGAAUCUGAUUAAUACUUGUUUUAUGGCUGCGGUUCUUCAGUGCUUAACACAUACUGGGCAAAUGUUGACUGGUAUUCGUAAUUGCUUUCAUGAUACUUCAUCAUGUCGUAGAGGUCGUUUCUGUGUUAUUUGUGCUUUCCGUGAACACAAUGACCGCGCUAUAGAUCUUGAUCGAAACACAAUUCAUCCAGAAAUUUUUCUUCGUAAUGUGAACAAAUUUUCAGAUGAUUUUGUAGCGAAUAACCAGGAGGAUGCACACGAGUUUCUGAUAGGCGCCUUGAAUAAACUAAAAAGUGCCUUUCCAGAAGAAGGUCGAGAUAAUCUAAUUGAACAAGUAUUUGGAGGCAAAAUUGUUAGCCAACUUCGGUGUUGCUGCUGUGGUUUCUCUUCUGAUACCGUUGAUCCAAUACUUGACUUGGGUUUAGCGGUAGAUCACGUGAGUACCGUUGAAAGGGCUCUGGAUGCUUAUUUCAUGGUAGAAAAAAUGGAUAGGAUGUUUAAAUGUAGUAACUGCGACCAAGAAGUAUACAUGGAGAAACAGCUUUUGAUUGAUAAGGCACCAGAAAUUGCAGUACUACAUUUGAAAAGGUUUAAAAAAGAGAGAACCUCGUAUGGAAAGAUUGCAGGUCAUGUUUAUUUCACUACGGAGUUGGAUUUGGAGCCUUAUACCUCUACUAAAGGCAGGGAAAGUCCAAAUUUGGUGUACGAUCUAUACGCGGUUGUUGUGCAUAGAGGAUCCACAGCUAAUUCAGGGCAUUACUUUAGCUAUGUACGUUCUGAUGAAAAGAAUUGGCAUUUGAUGGAUGACGCUCAGGUUUUUAGUGUUACUAAAGAACAUGUCCUGGCUAAAGAGGCAUACAUGCUGUUUUAUGCAAAACAAGGUACAACCUGGUUCUCUAGUGUUCUGGAAACUGAAGAGGAAGCUUCUAGAGAAAAAUCUAUAGGCAACACACAGGAUUCUGAAGCAACUGAUAGUGAUUCUCUAUAUGCAAAUGAUGACGAUUCGAUGCGUGCAAAUGAUAGCGAUUCGAUGUACGGAUUUAAUAGUGAUUCGCCCAAUGGAAAUGAGAAGACUGCCAGUGACAUGGAAGAAGAAGAAGAAGAAUGUCAUUUGGCGGGCGCAAAUGAUAAGUAUUCCAAGGAUGCAGAUGAUAAUGAUUCCAAGGCUACAAAUGAGAUGUCUGUGAGUGACAUGGAUGGAGAAGACGGUGAUUUGGCGGAUGCAAAUGAUGAUAAGGAUUCCAAGGAUGUAAAUGUGAAGUCUGUGAGUGGCAUGGAUGGAGAAGAAUGUGAUUUGGCGGAUGCAAAUGAUAAUGAUUCCAAGGAUGCAAAUGAUAUUGAUUCCAAGGAUGCAAAUGAGAAAUCUGUGAGUGGUAUGGAUGGAGCUGAUGAUAAUGAUUCUAAGGAUGCAUAUGAUAAUGAUUCCAAGGUUAUAGGUGUGAAGUCUGUGAGUGGCAUGGAUGGAGAAGAAUGUGAUUUGGUGGAUGCAAAUGAUAAGGACUCCAAGGAUGCAAAUGAUGAUAAUGAUUCCAAGGAUGCAAAUGUUGAUAAUGAUUCCAAGGAUGCAAAUGUUGAUAAUGAUUCCAAGGAUGCAAAUGUUGAUAAUGAUUCCAAGAUUGCAAAUGAUGAUAAUGAUUCCAAGGUUAUAAGUGUGAAGUCUGUGAGUAGCAUGGAUGGAGAAGAAUGUGAUUUGGUGGAUGCAAAUGUUGACAAUGAUUCCAAGAUUGCAAAUGAUGACAAUGAUUCCAAGAUUGCAAAUGAUGAUAAUGAUUCCAAGAUUGCAAAUGAGAGGCUUGGGAGUGACAUGGAUGAAGACAAUGUGAUUCCGCAAUGCUCACCUUGA